AGCGACACUCCAACAUUUGUUAAGAAGGAACGGAGGAGAAAACAUCUCUCCAACAAACAUUAUCACUAACACCAUCGCCAACACUACUACUGCUAUUAGUGACGAGGAAGCAGUGUGAGAGAGUGUAGCAGUGUUAACAGUAGAAUAAUAUUGGUGGUGAUAACAGCGGUGUGUGCGUCAAAAGAGUAGAAAAGGAAGAACAAUUGAAAAGAUCAGAAAAAUUACAUGGAAGACGCAAACAAACAAUUAAAAAGAAAAAAAAAAAACAAUGUCUAACGAGCAUAGGAAAAUGCCCGGCUUUCUGGGAUGGGUGGCUUCUGACGCGGAGAAGCUGAGUCACGCCUUGGCUGGCCACCGCUGGCUGUCCCCUUGGGGCGUCUUAAGGCUAUGCGACUGUCUGCUGAGGGGAGUGGCACAGGUGGUUUUCGUAAACAACCCCCUGUCCGGUCUCCUCAUUCUUAUUGGUCUGUUUGUAGCUGACGUCACAGUAGCAGGCGCCACUGUCUUCUGCACCAUCAUCGCGUUCUUUGUUGCCAAGGUACUGCUAGACCUCCCAGAUGGCCAGAUUUCAGCGGGUCUACCUCUCUUCAGUCCUGUACUGGUUGGAUCGGUCACGGCUUCCCUAUUCACGCUUUUCUUCCACUCCCCGAUCACUCCUGCUGUGUGGGGCUACAUGGGGCUCGCUGCGGCUCUCAGUGUGUGUAUAUUCGCCGGUCUGAACCAUCUCCUCGCUUCACACAAUUUGCCAGCCUAUACCUUGCCCUUCAACAUUGCCACUGCCCUCAUCUUCUUAGGCAUGAGGGGGGCAGGGUAUGGGGCAAAUCCCACUGUUGAUACGCCCAGUGAACUGCCCUCAACCACGGACUCCCCUGCUUUUAAUAGCUUGGAGAAUGUAACCCUUGUGACGCCUGACGACUCGCUUCAGGAGAGAGUAUGCUUGGGGAUGCUGUUGUCGAGCGGGCAGGUGUGGGCGGUGGAGAGCGUGGCGUGCUCCGUGUUAGUGGGCAUUGCAAUGUUGUUAUGCUCGCCUCUGCUUACUGCUGCCUGCUUCGUGGGGGGAGCAGUUGGCACUCUUACUGCACUGGUGGUGUCUGAGGGGCCCUACGCGGCAGCCUACGCAGGGGUGUGGGGAUACAAUGGGUUCCUGGCUGGCGGAGCUAUGCUUUUCUUUGUUGUGGCUAGUCCCCGCGUGGUGGUCCUAGCUGUUUUGAACGCCUUGCUAGCUACUUUCAUCCAGUCAGCUUUAGUACCUGUAUUUGGACAGAAUAGCCUGCCAGUCUUCACAUUCCCAUUCUGCCUCGCCUCCCUCCUCUUCCUCGCUGCUGUGUCAUCCUCCUCUUCCUUCCAUCGAGUCGCCUCUCCUUCCUUCCCUGAGAUGCAUCUCCUCCAACACCAUCAGGAAUCAUCCGCAACGCAAGAACGAAAGAGAAAAGAGGAGACUUCUGCUGACAUGAUAGCCUGAUGCCCCAGAGAGAGAGAGAGAGAGAGAGAGAGAGAGAGAGAGAGAGAGAGAGAGAGAGAGAGAGAGAGAGACCCAUUCACUGCAAUUUGACAUUUUUCAUUCAUUGCCAACGAGUGUUUUCAUGUUCUACAGCCACAUCAAAACAUUGUACUACUGAUGAAUUGCAAAUCUAUUAUUUUCUAUAAAUCGUA